AGGACGUUACGUACGCUUCGUGAGUGGUUACGUCAAGUGUUGUUACUGGGUAAUCCUCUGACUGUAGAAAUAAAGGUUUAUUUUUUAAGAUUUAUUUUUGGCAGAGUUUAUCAUAGUGAAUAUUAAAUAGCAAUGAGCCGCAGUGGUUUUGGAGCCACGUUGAGUAGGCUGUUGCUGCAAAACAGACACGGAAGCCGUGUUCAUGUGGGCAGCUUGACAGCACCGAGACCGUUCUGUUCUGAAAGUGACCCACGGAGUCGAGGCAGGAUCAAACAGGCACUGCCUGGGGUUUCCAGUUUUACUCCUCCAGCAAACUCUAGUCAUGACUGGGUUGGUCCUCCUGAUAGAAUGUCAAAUCUCCGACCAAUCAAAUAUCACAUACCUGAAUAUGAAAGUCCAUUGGAGAGUCGACUUAGGAAGCUGAGACAAGAGACUGAGGACUGGAAUCAUCAGUUUUGGACCAAUCAGAAUAUAUCUUUCAGUAAGGAGAAGGAAGGGUUUAUCUACUCGUGCUUGAAAGAAAAAGGCUUGGAACUGAGAGAUGAAGAUGGUAGAAAAAGGACCUUGAGUGCAGAUGAGAUGGCAGAGUUUUACAAAGAGUUUCUGAACAAGAACCACCAAAAACAUUCUGUCUACAACAAGGAAUGGUAUAUGCGUAAUUUUACCAUCACAUUUCUAAUGGGAAGAGUGGCCUUACUGAAGGCUUGGAGAAAGCUGGGAUGGAGACAGCAAGACCCUAAAUUAAAAUGAUGGUUAUUGUUAAAUAAAAUAUGUACAGAAGUUUA